AUGUAUGCGUUUAUAUAUAUGUGGUUGUGGCCCCCCCCGCUCACAGGCAAGGCAAGCAUGUGGGACACUGUCAGCGAUAUUGGUAUCUGGAUUAUUUCCACCAUCGUCAUCAACUUUUCGUUGAUGGUGCUGUUCAUUUGCUCGUUAUACCAUCACUAUAUAGGGAAGUUCUUUGCAGGUCCAAGAGACGUCCGAGGUUCAGAUACUACUAUCAAAGAAGACAUCGCAGAUGGCCAGGAUGAUGGUAUGAGGCACGGUGCCUCUAGGCACACUAGAAACGCAUCCACCUCCACAACCUCGCCUUUGAAUCCAAAUCCAAACGUCAUCGAGGAGGACUUGGACAACAACAUCGAAUAUGACCACACAGUUACAAAUAUGGCUGCAAACCCGUUCGUUAACGGAAACGAGGAUCUUAGACUGGUUGCAAGUUUGAAUUACUACUACAAUCAAGUUAACAUAAAGAUAAGAGAGUUGGAAGUGGAAACAGACGAUGGGUUCAUCCUAGAUCUAUGGCACAUGGAAGGAUGUUCCGGGGACCACGACAUCGAGGCUAAUACAGGAACUCGUCCAGUGAUACUUCUUCUCCAUGGCUUACUACAGAGUUGUGGGUCUUUCGCAUCAGGGGGCAAAAGAUCAUUGGCGUAUUUCUUUUAUGAACAAGGUUUUGACGUCUGGCUAGGAAAUAAUAGAUGUGGCUUAGAGAAAAAAUAUAAUAGAAAAAAAAUAAGCAGUGAUAAAUUAUGGGAUUGGGACAUCAAGCACAUGGCAUUCCUGGAUUUGAAAUGUUUGGUAACAAACGUAUUGUCUAACACUGGAGCGGAGAAAUUGACAUUGAUUGGUCAUUCACAAGGUACAACACAAACUUUUUAUAGUUUAAUUAAUCAUAACGAAUUUAAUGAUUUUAAAUUGUCUGAAAAGUUACAUAAUUUCGUUGCUUUGGCUCCCGCAAUUUACCCAGGUCCAUUGUUUAAAGAGAAAGUCUUCGUUAGAUUAAUGAGAAAAACAAUCGAUAGUCCUUUGGUAUUUGGUAAAAAAUCGUUUAUGCCCAUUAUGAUGGAUAUGAGAAACUUAUUGGUCGGUACAAAAAUCUUUUCCUUCUUAUCAUUCGUUAUGUUUAAUUUUUUGUUCGAUUGGAAUGAUCUACUUUGGGAUCCAAGUUUAAGGAAUAGACAUUUCUUAUUUUCACCAGUUCAUAUCUCAGUUAAAUUAAUGCAAUGGUGGCUCUCACCAGAUCCAAAUGCAUUGUCAUUCGCUAAUGGUUACAGAUCGAUAUUUCAAACAGAUCGCCAAUGGUUCCCAACUUCUGAUGAUAUAGAUGUAAAUGAAAUUGAAAAAAUAGAUAAAGCUGAACCAUAUUAUCCAAAAAUUUUAUUGUUUGUUCCAAAACAAGAUAGAUUAGUUGAUGGUAAAAAAUUAAUCAAUCAUUUUAUAGAAUAUGAAAAUGCAAAAAUGUAUAAAAUUUGGUACAUCGAUGAAUAUUCACAUCUUGAUACUUUAUGGGCAGAAGAUGUGAUCGAAAGAAUUGGUGUUCCUUUAGUCGAAUCUUUAAGGUUGGGAUUGUAA